AUGGCGGCCAUACACCGCCCAGCCCAUCUCACGCACCAUGCCGCCAAACUCGCCUCGGCAGCAUGUCUUGAAAAGUCCCAAGCCAUAGGCGUGCCCAUGAACGUCGCCAUCGUCGACGCCUCGCUCUACCUCCUCCACUUCGAGCGCAUGCCCGGCGCCAAACUCACCUCCGUCGACAUCGCCAUCAACAAGGCCUUCACCGCCGCAGGUCAUCGUGCCCCAACGUCGGUGUACAAGGAGAACGUGUGGCCCGGCGGGCCGGCGUUCGGGUUGAACAACAGCAACAACGGCAGGUUCAUGUAUGUGGCUGGAGGGAUCCCCGUUGUUGUGGACGGCGAGGUGGUAGGUGCGGUGGGUUGCAGCACGGGCACUCCGGCUCAGGAUACGGAGGUGGCACAGGCCGGAGUGGAUGCCGUCCUUGAGUACGUGAAGCAACUUCGGGUCAAGCCUAAGCUGUGA